GUAAUAUGUAUUAUGGGUGCUUGGAAGGGUUGCCUGGUCCGGAAGAUCUCCAUAACGUCGCUUUGAUCAUAUUAUCAUUUUUAGAAACGUGAACCAAUCAUGAUUGAUAUUGUUUUGGAUAGUUUGCGUGGAUUUAAUACUUGCGUAGUGAAAAAGAAGGCUACGGUUGGCCUAGUUGAAUAUGUAAACGUGAAGCUCGCCUAAGCAGAAGCAUCCGAACGUGCAUCGGUAGAAUCAGGCUCGGUGUCCACAGCGUUACCUUGGUUAGAGAUCAACAAGCCGCCCCCUCAUAUCGCAGGAGCAAACACGCACUCCGUGAUGAUACUGUCUCGUACCAAACCAGCUGUGGGGGGAGAUGCACCCAUCGGCUUAAAUGAGAAGAAAAACAAAAGUAGGACGAAGAAGAUCCCCGACCUAGAAGAAUAUCUACAGCAGAGGGACUACCUUGGGGCCUUGACACUUUUAGAGUUCCAAAGAGAUGUGGGGGAGAGAGAGGAACAUGCAGACCUUUGGAUGGGCUACUGUGCGUUUCAUCUCGGGGAUCACAAGAGAGCAAUGGAGGUUUACAAGACUCUGAGCGAGAAAGCAGAGUGUCCAGUGGAGGUGUGGGUCUAUCUGGCCUGCACCAUGUUUCUGCUGGGCCUUUACAAGGAAGCUGAGGAGGCUGCAUCCAAGGCUCCCACAUCCCCACUACAGAAUCGACUCCUCUUCCACCUGGCUCACAAGUUCAACGAUGAGAAGAAACUGAUGGGCUUCCACCAGAACCUUGAGGACGUGACGGAGGACCAGCUGAGCCUGGCUUCCAUUCACUACAUGCGCUCCCACUAUCAGGAAGCCAUCGACAUCUACAAACGCAUCCUACUGCAAAACAGAGACUUCCUGGCCCUGAAGGUGUAUGUGGCCCUGUGUUACUACAAGCUGGACUACUACGAUGUGUCACAGGAAGUACUGGCGGUCUACCUGCAGAGCAUCCCUGACUCCACCAUCGCCCUGAACCUGAAGGCCUGCAACCACUUCAGGCUGUACAACGGCAAGGCAGCCGAGGCUGAGCUGAAGAACUUAAUGGACAUCUCUUCCUGCUCCUUUGAGUUUGCUAAAGAGCUUAUUCGACACAACCUGGUUGUGUUCCGUGCCGGAGAAGGGGCCUUACAGGUGCUUCCUCCUCUAAUCGAUGUGAUUCCAGAAGCCCGCCUCAACCUGGUCAUCUACUACCUCAGACAAGAUGACAUCCAAGAGGCGUAUAACCUAAUCAAGGACCUGGUGCCCACCACUCCACAGGAGUAUAUCCUGAAAGGAGUGGUCAACGCUGCCCUGGGACAGGAAAUUGGUUCGAGGGACCACCUGAAGAUUGCUCAACAAUUUUUCCAAUUGGUUGGGGGGUCGGCCAGUGAAUGUGACACCAUCCCCGGAAGGCAGUGCAUGGCCUCCUGUUUCUUCCUCCUCAGACAGUUUGAGGACGUCCUCAUUUAUCUCAACUCUGUCAAGAGCUACUUCUACAACGAUGACACCUUCAACUUUAACUAUGCACAGGCCAAAGCAGCCCUGGGAAACUACAGGGACGCAGAGGAGGUGUUCCUGCUCAUUCAGAGUGAGAAGAUCAAGAACGACUACGUUUACCUGAGCUGGCUGGCACGCUCCUACAUCAUGAACCAGAAGGGCCGGUUGGCCUGGGAGCUGUACCUCAACAUGGGCACCUCCUCGGACGCCUUCGCUCUGCUGCAGCUCAUCGCUAACGACUGCUACAAGAUGGGCCAGUUCUUCUACGCGGCCAAGGCAUUUGACGCUCUGGAGAAACUGGACCCCGACUCCAACUACUGGGAGGGCAAGAGGGGAGCCUGCGUGGGCAUCUUCCAGCUCAUCCUGGCUGGGAGAGAGUCCAGGGAGAUGCUGAAAGACGUGCUGCCCCUGCUCCGCAGCUCAGGAAACCCCCAGGUGGAAUACAUCAUCCGGACCCUGAGGAAAUGGGCCAAGGAAAACCGAGUGGCUCUCUCAUAACAAUAGUUACACAAUACAAUAUUAUGGUCUGGCGUCAUUCAAGCACAGCUACAUUAUGCAACAUUCUGCAGUUACCAAUGAUUUACCGGGAUAUAUUUUUCUUGUAUAGGUUUUUGUUAUUAUUGUGCUCUUGUGUAUAAUAUGUCAUGAUGCCAUAUCCUUUUAUGCAGCAGGAAUAAAGGAGCAUGGAGCUAUUUAUCUGUUAUCGGUUAUACAGUUUUACAAGUGUCAAUUUUAUAAUGCAAUGGAAGUUUAUUUUUACUGAAAAUGUGAAUCUCAAGACUGAAUAAAUAUUUUCUUUUCUAUUA